CCGCAGGAGGCAGCGGCGAGAGCAGCGGGCGGCCACGGCCGUGCGGGGCGCCGGCGGCCCGGCGGCGGGCGCGGGAGAGGCCCGCCAGGCGGCCAGACACGCCUUCCUGGAGAACCUCCGGAAGUCGCGGGUGGAGCUGACGGACCAGAACCUGGAGCAGCUGCUUACAGGCCUCGGCGACUCGUCCAAGUACGAGGACCGCGGUGGGAGCUCAAGUUCCAGAUCGGCAUAUUCCAGCUGAACUUGAUAGACGAUCGCUGGGGUCAGGACGAGCCAAGUCAACAGUGCCUGAGCCUGUCCGCAGAGAAGGCCAACAUGACGGUGUCUCUGGACUUCGCCACGGACUACCACGGGCGCGACUCCGCGCAGUGGAAGAUGGAGG